AUGUCACAGAUCCCCCCCGAUGCGCAACGCAAUUUCCUCGUCGUCGAUGCGAAGACCGAAACCGCCGAGAUUGAACGAACUUUCCGAACAUUCACACAAGAGAGAAAGGACAUUGGCGUAGUACUCAUCAAUCAGCAUGUCGCUGAACGAAUUCGCCACAGCGUCGACGCUUUCACCGAUCCUUUCCCUGCCGUCCUCGAAAUCCCCAGCAAAGACCACCCAUACGACCCAGAGAAAGACAGUGUGCUCAAGCGAGUACGCCGGCUGUUCGGAGAGUAA